AUGGAAACAUCAAACUCUACAAUCCAGCUCACGCUGCCAUCCAAAUACUCCCCUACCAAGUCCGAGCCCGUUACGCAAACCACGGCGCCCAUCGAGUGGUUCAUCAGAACAUGGAGCGUUACACACUCAACCCUCUCCAUGUGGCGCACAGCGCGUAAUGUGCGCAUCACCUACAAGGCCCUGCCCCCCAAACCAGACGGUCGCACGCGCAUCGACGAUUUGGUCGAGUACGAGCCCAGCAACCAGGCCGGCGUGGUCAAGUCCGUCGCCGGCAUAGACACGCAAAGCCCCGACGGCGGCGGCUGGGACUGGCGCGGCAAGAAGUGGCUCUUCUUCGUGAGCAGCCACUGGGAGGUUCUCGGGUCCGGCGAAGAGACGACGGCGGAUGGCGAGACGGAGAGGUGGGCCGUGACGUGGUUUGCGCCGACGCUGUUUACAAAGGAGGGAUUGGAUAUUUACAGUGAUCGAAGGGAAGGGCUGAGUGAGGCGACGUAUCAGAAGAUUGAUGAGGCGCUGAGGAAAUUGGAUGCAAAGGUGUUGGUGGACAUGGUCGCGCAGGAUAUGAAGCCGGUUGAGAUAGAGCUUCCCUGGAAGGAGAAUUCUUAA